CACUAAUUGUUUUUCUUAUCCCUCCACCUUUGAGAAUCCUUUGCUAUGACUACCGCUGCUCGUCCCACCUUUGAUCCUGCUCGUGGCAACGAUAACAAAGCCCCGAGUUUUCAAUACGGCGCUCGUGAUCUCGCAGCACAUACCAAACUUAAAUUCAGACAACCGGGUCAAGGCACUACCGAAGAAAUCGGUGACCGAGAACGAUUAAAGGAGGAAUUACGACAGGCUGAACGUGAAUAUUUCCAACAAAAACAAAAAGAUGCCACUGCAACUGGUGGGCUCAUCACAGCGGGCGAACAAACCGAAGAAGCAGAUACACAGCGGCGGAGGUUACUAGUGGAAGCGGAAAAAAUGGCACAAGUAGAUAAAGACGAAGACGCCGAUGCAAGUGACAGUGACAGUAGCAGCAGUAGCGAUGACGACGACGAUGACGACGAUGACGACGAUGCAGCUGAACUGCUAGCAACACUACAACGCAUUCGAAGAGAAAGAGCGGAAGAGAAAGAACGACAGGAGAGAGAAAAGCUGGAAGAGGAGGCAGCGAAAAGAGAAGAAGAAGCGAUGACUGGCAAUCCCUUACUGCAACUGGAUCAGGAAAAACGGGAUUUCAGUGUCAAGCGCAGAUGGGACGAUGAUGUGAUCUUCAAGAAUCAAGCGCGCGGUGCUGAAGACAAGAACAAAAAACGCUUUGUCAACGAUAUGUUACGCUCCGAUUUCCACAAACGUUUCCUCAACAAGUACAUUCAGUAAACGUUCUGUUUACUGUUCUUAAAUAAACAUGCAUUAUCAUUUGAAUCUUUAUUUUUGUUGCAACU